GACGUUUUCACCAGAGAUAAAAGGACCAGUUACCACUGACGAUAGGGAACGAGACGAAAUUUUGCAUCAAAAAAUUCAAAUAUUUAGAUGGGUAAAGGAAAAACAUCUAGAUAUACCUACUGCUCAACACAAUGAACAAGAAAAAUUUCUUGAAUUUGCAAAAGCCG